UAACUUUAUUACUGAGGAAACCCCCCCUGGUCUGCAAAUUUUAUUGUGUAUUUAAUCAUUUUCUCCUCAUCCAACCCCCUCUUCACUGACCAUACAAAGCAUUGUCUUUACAUAUUGCCAUCACCACAUGGGGCUCACAGAAAUCUGACAGACCACAUUCUCAGUGCCAAGUGAUUGAAGAGCUUAAUUUAAAUAGCAAGAAGUGACCUAGAGAAGCUUGUGAAACAGAUCAUGUGAAACAGAACUACUUAUGCUCUAACUUCGAUUGAAGCUGAAAAGGAACAACUACGCUAGAGGUCUAGAGAAUGAAUUAGAAAAUUUAUCUGAACAAAUUACAAGGUUUCUGGAACAAACAUAUCACAGCAAACACCAUAUACCAACAGUCAAGAGGUGGAUGGAUGAUGUUCUGGGCUUGUCUUAGAACCAAAGGAUCCAGGGCCUGUAUCAUGCAGGAAGCAGGGCUUCUUGAUUAGCAGGCUAAUUGCCAGAUUUCAGGUACCCCAGUUUAAAUAGACUUUAUCUUCAUUCGCUUACAUUUAGCCUAGACUACCGUAAAUCCGACAAGUUAUCCAUCCACGUAAAAAAAAAAAUCAUGCUUUGUGAUUCAGGACUUAGGCACCAAUAUAGAGUUGGUCCUCUAUUUUCAUCUAUGCUCUUCUGUAUGAAUGGGCAAAAAUUCCCAUAGACACACUCCAAAAUCUUGUGGAAUAACCUUUCCCAGAAGAGUGGCAGCUGUUAUAGCUGCAAGGGGGGGGGGGGCAACUCCAUAUUGAUGCCUAUGGAUUUAGAAUGGGAUGCCAUAAAUGUUCCUGUAUUUGCAAUGGCCAGGUGUCCCAAUAGUUUUGUCCAUACUGUAUAGUGUAUAUCUAAUUAGCAAAAUAAGAAAAGAGAUCAACCCCACUGAGAUGGUGUGGUGGGAGAGAACAGAAUUCCUCCAUAUCAGACUGUGUCAGACUGAUGAACUCAUACAGAAAACAAUUACGUUAUUGUCAGUUAAAUUGUUGUUUUACAAGCUAAUGGGUGUAAUUUUUCAUAGAGCACUGAUGGAAACGGAGAGUAAUCAGCAUUAAGCUGAUAAGUACUGAAGCUGAUGAAUUCCAGGAAACGUCAUUUUUAAAUAAUGCUUUAAAUGUCUCUAGAUCUGAUGCGUUGUGGUUACAACAGAAAACAUAUGGCUGACUAGGUGUUAAGGUUAUAAAUUUAUCAACAUAAGAUGAAGUAUUAUUUAAUGCUAGGUUAUCUCGAUUUCCAGUUUACCUGGGCCCGGUUCCUCGAAACCUUCUUAAUGCUACGUCGUUCAUACGUUCUACCUUAUAACACAGAACUUAGGAACAAAGUGGCUUUAAGAAGGUUUCGCGGACCCUGCCCUGGUCGUUUUGAGGCUUACUGAAUGUCGCAGAGCGGAAUUCCUUCAAAGUCCGCCACCCGAAAGACUACAUUCUCCGGCAUGCAGCCGGGGCGCUAGUUAUAAAGUUACCAUCUCUGAGACCACAACCGUUAAUGUUAAUAAUAUUCCUUGUAAAAAAAUUAUCACCGUUCUCAAAACUGGCACAAAAAAUGCAGAGAAAUAUACGUAAUGAAAGCGCACCUAAAUGCUAUAUGCCGUACCACUUUCGCCAACAAUACAGUAAGGAUCCCUCCGGACUCCAAGGUAACAAGCUGUACACAUAGUGUAAAGGAACUUAAAUGCGUGUGCAUGUUCCAGCAGCUACGAAAUUAAUACACGACUUGCUGUUGUUGUUAUUCCCUCAGAAUAUUAUCAGCUCGUCUAUUUCCAAACAUGACUCAGGAGGGGAAGUCCGACAUGGAGAGAGUUGGCCUCUUUAAAGAGAUGAGCUACAUAAGCAUAGGGGACAAAUACGUCCCUGUUAGUUACAGACCUUUCAACGAGUCUGCCCAAAGGAAUAAGCAAAUGCUGGCUGGGGUACCAAAGAAAAAAUGCGGACUUCAAGUUGGCUACUUUGACAGUCAGUUCGGCAGAGUUUUCGAGGGGGAGGCCUUCAGUGAUCCGCUGAAGCUCCGCAGACAGUACAGGAUGCAACAGGCAAAGCGCAAUUUAGGAAAGGCUUUUCUCCCCAGCAGUGGAGAAAAGAGACUUUCGGGGGUUGGCAGUUACUACGGAACGCUGAGUGGACCCAUCACAGCCGUGAGUGCACUGCAAAUUCCCAAAAAGCCCUACAAAUCACCCGGGAAGAAUAUUUUAACAAACCCAGCAAAAAAGGGAAGUGGAUAUGGAUAUCCAAAUGUAACUCUCUCCAGAUUUGAAUCCCACUCUGCAGACCCGUAUGACAGACCAAGGGAAAUGUUAAAGAAAGAAAUAGUAGCAAACAGAGCGCUGAUGAAAGGGGGAGUCUUCCGCUUAAAUCUUCAUCCAAAAGAGUAUUUUGAGAGAAAUCCUUAUAAGCUUGAUGUACCGUUACCCCCUGUAAAAACAUCGGAUAUACAGAAGAACUUUACGGUUCCAUUCAAGCCAAGCUCACCGAGCAAAAAGAUGGCAGGCAUGAAAGCCGGCACUUUUGCUGCCUAUCCUUUGCACUCUGCAGACCCUUACAUCAGCAGAAGGUCAAAAGGCGUAUCAACCACAAAGGAGAGGGGAAUAUUCCGCCCCUCCCCUGGGCCAAAGAGCAUGCCAGUUAAAAGCAUCCUUGACAUGAAUGUCAACAAGACCUGCAGAUCUGUAAUAACUACAGAACAGCACCAUCAGUAAUGCUAUCUUAUAAAGUGAGCUUCCAUAGAAACAAAGCCCAGAUUCAGGCUUAUCCUCAACCCAGCUGACUGAUUUCAAAAGGCUCCACGCAAGUUGAGGAAGAGGAGUGUUUACUCUGGUUUAAACUCAGAUCAUCUGUAGUUAUUAUUGGCAGUGAAAGGUAACAAAGCUAAAGUUUGAUAAAAGAAGUAAAAUGUUCUCCUGCAGAGCAGCAUCCCAGGUCAGUUAUAGAACUUCAACUAGAUAAACACCGUCAGGCAAGGUAAUAUGGUGCUGACAGUAUUACCGUCAUUGUUUCCUGUGAAACCUGUGUUCAGUCAUGAGACCUUUCUUUGUUUGAUUCAGAUUUGUUUUGAAAUAUAUCCGUUAUUACACGAAUCAUUGUUAAAUCAUGUCUGUGUACAUGUAAUAUAUAAAUGCAAAGACCAAAAUUGUAUUAUGAAGUUGCUUACAAGUGUAAUCUAGGUAGGUCUUGCCCUUUAUUUGAGAUGACUGAGAACAUAACUUCCACAUUUUACAUGUCUUUAAUGACUUUGAAUAAACACAAAAAUAUCUGUCUGA